AUGAUUUGGAAAUUGAUUUAUCUCAGUGUUCUUUUUAUCGGAGCUCUCUCCUCCUUCUCUCCAUCUUCACCUCCUAACAUCACGGAGGAGUCUGGACCCUGUCGGAUCUACAACUCUGGCCGGUCUGCAGACUGCCAUGGAAGACAGCUUGACCGUGUACCUCGAAAACAAUUUCCAACCACUCUUGAAACCAUUGAUCUCUCCUACAACAAGCUUCCUGCCAUCCAGGCUACUGACUUCCAGCACCUCGUUCAGCUGCGCGUCCUUCAGCUGCAGUUCAACAACAUUUCAAACAUCGACAACGAUGCCUUUAAAACUAAUACACUGCUGGAGCAUGUUGACAUCUUUAAUAACUCACUGCAAGAAAUUCCUGCUAUACCUUUGGCACCGCUCUUGAAUUUAAAAAAACUCUACAUGUCCAAUAACCUUUAUAACUAUGCCACUUUGGCAGAUAGCUUUUCUCAGUAUGUCAAUCUCCAGGUUCUGUCUAUGGGAGGCCCUCAGGUGAUGGGUCUGAAAAAAAAAGAUUUCCAACCCCUGAGAAACAUCACAUUGCAAGCAUUUGCGAUAAAGUGCUCUUCCGAUCUGAGUUACUACGAGUCUGGAAGUUUAGAAGUGAUUCAGACGGCACAGAUGGGCUUUGAUAUGGCCAUAGAUCAAUAUCCCCGUGCUUUGCAUCUCAUGCUGCAUGAUCUGGCCAACAAGAAAAUAGCAGUCAUUCAGUUUCGCAACCUUUUUGAGUUCAUGUACUACAUGGGCGAGGAAGACAUUUUCCAGGGUUUAAAAUACAUCACAGUGCAUCAGCUUAUUUUUCACAGAGGAAAAUUUAAUGAGAAUAUCCUAAGAAUGGCUUUAAUAAACCUACAAGGCACCCCUAUUAAAAAAUUGAGACUUCAGUACAUCGACUUUGCCCGUUCACCAACAUUUGUCAAUAAUGGAGCAGGUUCAAGCAUCACAAACCUGACACUGGAUAGAUUAGAUCUUUGGUAUAUAAGUAAUCCUGAUGUGCUGCGGUUUGACUGGCGCUUCACCUGGUUCAACAAAAUCAAGAUGAUUUCGAUUCAGUACGUGUAUUUCAACAGUGUUCCUUGUGACUCCUGGACCGAGAUGGAAGGUGUGGAGUUUCUGGAUGUUUCCAACAAUCGGCUGAAUGAUGACGUUCUCUACAACAAACGCUGCGAUUACAGGGGCACCAUGCCAAAUCUGCACACCUUCAACCUGAGCACCAAUGACUUGACCAGCUUAACGGACUUGUCGUUGCUAGCAAGGGAGUUCAGGAACCUGCAUGUGUUGGAUCUUAGCAACAACAAACUGGGAUCUGCUAAAGGGAGCGAGGGCUGUGUUUGGGAACAAAAUGUCACACAACUCAUUGCUCACCACAAUCAGUUUGUGAGUGAAGCUGUCCGUUGUCUUCCAACCACAAUGCACCAUUUGGAUCUGUCCUACUGUGAUCUAGACCAACUGGACACGGCAUACUUUAAAAAAACUACCAACCUGAAAUAUCUUUUGCUGAGUGGAAAUAAAAUUAAGUUCAUCCCAUCCAAAUGGGAGAGUCCAUCCCUUCAAUAUCUAGCUUUGGAUGGUAACUCUUUUGGUCUGAUCAACAAAGCAUCCUUUCAAGACAUGCCUCAGUUGUCUCAGCUUAGAGCCGGAAACAACCCUUACCAUUGCACUUGUGAGCUUCAUGCUUUUGUCCAGGACACAAUGUCCAAAGGAAAGGUUAACCUCACAGACUGGCCUUGGAACUACAAGUGUUACCACCCUCAGGAUUUCCUUAACACACUCAUAUCAAAAUACUUCCCUGGUCAGGUGGCUUGUGACAUCAGACUGGUUAUCGUUAUCAGUGUUGCAACUACUGCCUCUGUGAUUUUGAUACUUCUACUAAUUUGCUAUAUUUUUGACCUCCCAUGGUACACUAAGGCCACUUAUCAGAUUAUCAGGGCAAAAUAUAGAGCCCACAAGGAAAAAGCUGCCGGAGAUUUGGGGACUUUUGCUUAUCAUGCCUUUAUAUCAUAUAGCCACUCAGAUGCUGACUGGGUGAGAGACGAACUCUUGCCUUGUUUGGAGAACAACAGGAACCCCUAUCGACUGUGUAUUCAUGAGCGAGACUUCAUGCCAGGGAAAUGGAUCAUUGAUAACAUCAUUGAGAACAUUGAAAGCAGUCGUAAGGUAAUUUUUGUCCUCUCCCGGCACUUUGUUAACAGCGAAUGGUGCAACUACGAGCUGUACUUUGCUCAGCAGAGAGCGAUGGGAAAGACCUUCAGUGAUGUCAUCCUAGUGGUGAAGGAGCCCAUUGAUCCAAGCUCAUUGCCCAGCAAAUACUGCAAGCUGAAGAAGAUGUUGAGCACGAAGACAUACCUAGAGUGGCCUCAGCAGGCUAACCAACAGCCUUUUUUCUGGGCACAGCUAAGAAGUGUUCUGGGUAAACCGACAAUGAGCCAAGAAAGAACCCACAGUAUUAGGAGCAGGAAUUCAUCUCUGGGGAUUUCUGUGAUUAGGCCCCCAGUAGAGGAAAAUGUGGUGGAAGUGGACAUACCAGGUGAAAACAAAAAUGAAAACUAUGACUACAAAAUGUGUUCUCAGUUGCAAAGAGCUAUGGAGGACAUGAUCAAGGUUUUCUACUGCUAUUCGGGAAAAGAAGGCAACAAGUACAAGCUGAACAAGAGCGAGCUGAAGAAUAUGUUUAAAGAAGAACUCGCCGAUUUCCUGAAUGACACUAAUGAUACCGCUGUGGUUGAGAAGAUCAUGCAGGACCUGGACGAAAACAAAGAUGGUGAAGUGGACUUCCAGGAGUUCGUUGUUCUUGUAGCUGCACUGACUGUUGCUUGCAAUGAGUUCUUUGUGGACCUUAUUAAGAAGGAAAAAAGAACCACAAAAUAAAAUGAGGCCAUUAAAAAUGUGUGUGGGGGAGAAAUGAUGAAACGAAAGUCUCUACAUAAUUUUAAAUACAGGUCCAUAAGAGAAGUCAUUCCAGAAAUUGUAACAGUAAUUUAUAAUGCAAAAUAAAUCAUUACAACUCAA